AUGCUGCUGGAUUGGUUCGAUGUUAUGGAGGAAGCAGAAGACAUGCCUGUGCAGAUGGUGGAUCUCUGGGAGGCUGCUGAAGCCGACCUUCAGGCCGAUCUCCGCCACGAGAGCCACGGGGAGGACCCCGAGACGCCCCCUCGGAGCUUUGCAUCUCAGCCGCUUCCCACGCCCUGCCGCGCCCGCGUGAGCCCGACGCACAUCCCCGAAGCAGGUCCUGAAUCGAGCAGGGAGCAGCAAAUGUUGCCAAACCUCGCUGCGCCAUCCUCGGCCUCUGAGCAGGAGGUGCGGUGGAACGCCAUGCCAGAACCCUCGCCUAGAGAGUGCCGGCACGAUUGGCCGCAGGAGCCGCCCGCAGCAGUCGGAGUGGCACCGGAAUUUGAUGUUCAGCCUUCUGCCAGAGACUCCCUGGAAGAGCCAGCAGUGUCGGCCUCUCUUAGCGCCUCUAGGGGACUGCCGCCGGCUGCCGUUUCGGACAAGGUUGGAGAUGAUGUGCCCUGCGGCCAUUCUGCCAUUGCCGCCAGCGCCAUUUUGGGAGAGCUGCCCCCAGCCGAUGUAGACAAGGAUCCGGAUGGGCUCAGCGAUGCCGAGGAAUCCCCAGGCGGCGCUGAGGUUUUCGCAGAGCCGGAUUUGCAUGACGAGGAGGAAGUUUCUGAGGAGGACUUACCCCUUCUGGACCUGGUGGAGAAGGCCCGGAAACUUCCUGCGCAGCCACAGCGUGCACGAGAUGCUCGCCCGAAGACGCAGACGAAGACGCAGACGAAGCUGCCAUCUUCCCUGAGGCUCCCGUUGUUUUUCGAUGCCAAUGCGAGCCCUCCACCACUGCCGGCCGGCUCCGAGUACUGCGCGUACUUCGAACAUGCCCUGCUGACUGAGAUGCAACGCAGGCUUGGCCAGCUAAGUGCGGCUUGGAAGCGCUCCGCCCAGGAGGGAGAGCUGUCGUUGGCCGUGAAGGGCGCUCGAAUGGGUCGGGCCAAGGAGGACCCCAAUGCUGUGGCGCUGAUCUUGGGGCGAAGCCCCUCCGUGCUCCAAGGAGAUGUCAAAGCUUGCGCGAAGAAUGACCUUUGGAUUAUUUUGAUGAACCAGUCCUCGCCGCUGCUGCUGCGCUCCGCUUGGAAGGGCGUGAACCCCAGUGGCCGCCUUCUUUGCACAGCCGUCAACGAAGCAGCCGCCUCGUGGCUGGAGACCUGCAACAGCAGGCUGCUGACGGUCACAGCACUGGCCUCCGGGGCCUUUGCCAGCGAGCUUCUGCAGAUCGAAGCUCUACGGUGUCUUCGCAACGAGCCGGCAGAAAGCGCUUGCCAAGGUGAUUUGGCUUACGCAAGACUCCUUGGCGCUUUGCCGACUGCACCAUGCUCUCCGCCGAAAGUGGAGUCCGAGCCCACGCAGGAGGGCCAAGAGCAUGCUGAUCUAAGCGCCGAGCAGCGCCAGGUUGUCCGCCAUCUGGCUGCCUGGGUUCAUCCAGGAGGAGGCUCCAACAAGGUCCCGACGCUCCUGCGCGGAGUGUUUGGCUCGGGGAAAUCUCGGACGUUGGCGGCCGGAAUCGUCUCGCUGGAUAGGCUUCUGCGUGCCCGGAGGGAUCCUCGGAGGAUUCUCCUGCUUUGCCAAACAAAUGUGGCGGUGGACACCGUCCUUCACCACUUGCUAUCGCACUUUGGCUGGGACGACUUCGCUCGCCUGGGCAGCUUCCGUAGCGUCGAUCCCGAGCUCCUUUAUCGCACGGUGAGCCUCUUGUCCUCUCGACCGGCGGCAGCGAAGGAGCUUUCGGAUGCGUUGCAGCGACGGCCACCCGAGGUGCGCCAGGCUUUGCAGUCUGCCAUUGACCACGGACUUCUUCCCCCAAAGCCAACGGCCUGGCGUCGAAGGCGCUUGGUGGCCGCCACCACCGCAGCACUUGAGUCGGCGGACCUGAGCCCGGAGGCACUGAGCUGCUCCUUCGUCCUGGUGGACGAAGCGACGCAACUGACGGAGCCGGCGAUCUUCUACGCCCUGCAGAAGGUGCGAGCAGAACAGGUGCUGCUCGUCGGAGAUCCACGUCAGUUGCCUCCAAGGGCGGUGCAUGCGCCUUUGCAGCUGUCUGCCCUCGAGCGGCUCUGGGACCAGAAGAUAGCUUGCCGUCUGGAGCUGGCGACACAGUUCAGGUGUCAUCCUUGUAUCGCUGCUUUCUGCUCGUCGCUCUUCUACGGUGGGGCCUUGAAGUCUGGCAUCACGGCUGAGGAUCGCAGUUCUGGUCUCGGCCCGGGUGCAGCGCCUCUGGCAGUGGUGCUUAGCGAAGGUUCUGAGACGCGUGUGGGCCAAUCCUUCCGUCAUGAUCCCGAGGCGCAGCUCUGCUCUUCUUGGCUUCAGCGCGCGUCGAGCUGCGGGCGGCUGCAACCAAAGGACUUCGGGGUUAUUUGCCUCUACCGGCCGCAUGCGGAUGCCUGCGGGAGGGCUGUGCGAAGCUCUGGUGCCUUGAAAGACGUGGAGGUCGCAACGGUCGAUGCGUUUCAGGGAGGCGAACGUGAAGCUGUGGCCCUAUGCUGUGGCCGAUCGUCACGGGUUGGUGCCAGCGACCCGUUUGCCUGCUGCCCGCGUCGGCUGAACGUCGCACUGUCCCGCGCUCGACGGCACCUGGUCAUCUUUGGUUCGGAAUGCUUCCUUUCCCAGCAUCCCACACUGAGCCACGUUUUGGCUGCAGCCGCUGCCCAGGGAUCCGUACACCGCGCCAGUGACGUGUUAGCCUAG